AUGAAUACCUACAUCUGUUUAACCGCUCUCUUACUGGUCAGCGUCAACGCUGCAGGGAAAUAUGGCGGAGGAAGUGGUGGUUUUGGAGGAGGCAGCGGGGGAAGCGCAGGAAGUGGAGGUUUCGGAAGCAGUGGAGGGUUUGGAGGAAGUGGUGGACUCGGUGGUAGUGGUGGACUUGGAGGAAAAGGAGGAUUUGGUGGUAUGAGCGGAGCAGGUAGUGGACGACUUGGAGGAGCUGCUGGUCUCGGAGGUAGUGGAGGAUUCGGUGGAAAUGCAGGUGGUUUUGGUGGCAAAGGAGGAAGCGUUGGGGGAAGUGGUGGAUUCGGAGGAAUGAGCGAUGGCGGAUUGGGAGGAAGCGGUGGAUUUGGAGGUAGCGGUGGAUUUGGAGGUAGCGGUGGAUUUGGAGGUAGUGGUGGAUUUGGAGGCAAAGGUGGAUUCGAAGGAAUGAGCAGCGGUGGAAGUGGUGGAUUUGGAGGAAGUGGUAGUGGAGGAUUCGGAGGUAUGGGUAGCAGCGGAUUUGGAGGAUUGGGUGGAAAAGGUGGAUUCGGAGGAAUGAACGGUGGCGGCCUUGGAGGAAGUGGUGGACUUGGUGGUAGCAGUGGAUUUGGAGGUAAUGGUGGAUUUGGAGGUAAUGGUGGAUUUGGAGGAAAAGGUGGAUUCGGAGGAAUGAACGGUGGCGGCCUUGGAGGAAGUGGUGGAUUUGGUGGUAGCAGUGGAUUUGGAGGUAAUGGUGGAUUUGGAGGAAAAGGUGGAUUCGGAGGAAUGAGCGGCGGAGGAAGCGGUGGAUUUGGAGGAAGCAAUGGUGGCGGAUUCGGAGGUAGUGGAGGCUUUGGUGGAAGUGGAGGAUUCGGUGGACAAGAAGACUAUUGGUAUAUUGGUAUCAAAAUCAAUAUGUGUGAGAGAGGACAGAUCAAGGCCAAUAUGUGUGAGAGAGGACAGAUCGAGGCCAAUAUGUGUGACAGAGGACAUAUCAAGGUCAAUAUUUGUGAGACAGGACAGAUCAAGGCCAAUAUGUGUGAGAGAGGACAGAUCAAGGCCAAUAUGUGUGAGAGAGGACAGAUCGAGGCCAAUAUGUGUGACAGAGGACAUAUCAAGGUCAAUAUUUGUGAGACAGGACAGAUCAAGGCCAAUAUGUGUGAAAGAGGACAGAUCGAGGCCAAUAUGUGUGACAGAGGACAGAUCAAGGCCAAUAUGUGA